UAUUUCCUGAAGUCAGGACUGCAAACAUCCACCUCCCAUCCUGUGGAUUAAAUCAAAGCUUCUCAUUGUCUUCACCUCAUUUAAUCUGUAAGCCUUCAAAGGUGCUGAAUGUGGACCUGAAGAAUGAACAGCUGUAGAAGGGCUCCUUACAUUCUAUGAAGCAAAACCAGGCCUGUUGCAGUGUCUUCAAGGAUUACAGCUGAGAAGAUCAUGGAAGUCUCGGGUCCCAGAACUGAUGCCCUGUCAAUGGAGCCCAGUGCCAAGCUCUUUUGCUGUGGUUUCGUGAGGCGUUGCAUCCCUCUGGUGUAUAGAGAAGAGCUAUACCACAUCCUGCGCAUGACUGGACCCCUGCUUGUGUGCCGGUUCCUGAAUUUCCUCCUUUUCUUUGUGGUGACAAUGUUCUGUGGCCGCCUGGGGAACACUGUGUUAGCAGGCUACGCCAUGGCCUCAGCUACAAUAAAUGUAACAGCUGCAGCGACGGGGUUGGGACUUGCUUUGGCAUGCGACACUUUGGUAUCACAGACAUUCGGGAGUAAGAACCUUCUCCGUGUAGGUGUCACCCUGCAGAGAGGCAUCCUAAUUCUGACGCUCUUCAGUUUGCCCUGCUGUGCUUUGCUUGUGAACACCCAACCUCUGCUUCUCUAUCUGGGGCAGGACCCUGAAGUGGCCAGGAUUGCACAGCUCUAUGUGGUUGCAUAUUUGCCAGCAAUUCCGGCCAUGUUUCUGUAUCAGCUGCAACUGUCAUAUCUUCAGAACCAGGGAGUGAUCAAGCCUCAGAUGUAUGCAUCUGCAGUUGCCAAUGUGGCCAAUGUAAUAGUGAACUACUUUCUGCUGUACUGGUGGGAUUAUGGAGUCUAUGGGUCUGCUGCUGCAAACACCUUUGCUCAGGUUUGCAAUUGUUUUGCCCUGUUUUGUUUCAUUCGCUGGCAGAGGAUCUAUGAGAAAACUUGGGGAGGGUGGUCUUCAGAAGCCUUGCAGGAUUGGGGGUCCUACAUGAAGCUGGCCAUUCCCAGUACACUGAUGACCUGUUUUGAAUGGUGGAUCUAUGAAGUUGGAGGCUUCCUGGCAGGAAUGCUGAGUGAGGUGGACCUGGCUGCUCAACAUGUGGUUAUAAUGCUGGCGUACAUCAACUACAUGAUCCCAUUAGGAAUGCAAGGUGCAGCGUGUGUUCGUGUGGGAAAUGCACUUGGCGCUGGGGAAACAGCUGCUGCCAUCCUCACCAGCAAGGUGUCUCUCAUCAGUGCAGCUGUUAUAGCAAUCUUCCAAGGUUUUAUCCUGGGCUCAACAAAAACAGUCAUUGGCUACAUAUUCACUUCCGAUGAGGCUAUAGCAGAACUUGUGUCUCAGCUACUGAACAUCUACUGCCCUCUUCAGUUCUUUAAUGGAAUAUUGGGUGUUGGCAUGGGCAUUCUGCUUGGCACAGGGCAGCAGAAGAUAGCCGCUAUUGCUAACCUCUUUGGCUACUACUGCAUUGGCCUCCCAUCGAGCAUUGUUCUAAUGUUCAUAGCCAAGUUACAAGUUGCUGGCUUUUGGCUGGGCCUCCUCAUUGCAGUCUUUUUGCUAGCAAUUUUUUUCAUUGUGGCUAUUUUCAAAUUAAACUGGAAGAAAAUGACAGAAGAGGCAAUUGAGCGUACUGGAAAGAGUGCAAAUGGAGCAAUUACCCCGAGCCAUCGCAACAGCUUCUACCAGGUGGUCCUGAAUGCAGAGAAUGGGAAUGGAUACGUGGUUGUGGGCUCUCAUGAUCAGGAUGAGGGACUCAACUGUACUGUGGUACAUGAGGGGCCAAAGGUGACUCAAGUGGAGGAAAAGCCCGCAGUUCUGCUCUCUACCGCUCAGCUGAUCCUCAGGAGGGGUCUGACCACCCUCGCUGCUCUUCUCAUGCUAGCUGUAGGGAUAGCUGUCCAUCUCACUGUGCCUUUACCUGAGGUGUCUUAUGGUGCUGGUGCAAAUUUUACUCUGAACUCAAACUUUACCACAGCCACUCCUGUCUAGUCAGUGAGUAUCGUUUGGAACCUGGACCUCAGAUAGAUUUACUGUGAACAUUUUCUAUCUCUAUGCUGUGCAAAUGAGAGGUAAUUAAGACAUUGUAUUGACUUAGAAAUAUAGAAGCAUUUUUACAUUGGUCUCAGGCUGUAUAAUGUGACCUAGACAGAUGAUCGUAUUUUUAUUCUGUAUGCACUUGCGCUGUCCACAGCAUUAGUAGAGUAGUAAGAAAAUCAACCAGCUUAGCAGCAAAAAGGUCUCUUCCCCAGUGGCACAGUCAUAUAAUCUCUUCAGUUGACAUUUCUAGUCAGGUGGCUGCUGGAGAUAUACUGCCAAAAAGAUAUUCUACAGAGCUACUGUCAUAUAUUGAGAAAUCUGUAUUAUUAAACAUGAUGGAAACUUGAUGGGCUGUUCACACAGAAAGUGUUUUUGCACUUAAAAUGUGAGUUGCAGGCCAGUGGAAUGAAAAAAAAAAAUCAUUGCUUAUAUUGUUUUCUAUUUGCUUUUGUUGUGUCAUGUGGUUUGUGUCUGGUGUAUACAUAAUGCAACCUUUUGUGAGAUUACUACUUUUUUUUUAACCUACAUUUUAACCCUAUAAGACUUCAUGAGACUAAUACAUAUAUAUAUUCAUAUACAUGCUGAUAUGUCUAUCCAGAGCUCUGCUAUCAUAUUGUUUGUUGCUAACUUGUUAUACUGUAUGUAAACGUUUAAGGCUGCUAUAGGCCAUUAGGAUUAACUAACCAUAGGAAUUUAGCAGAUUAAACAGUCUGAUGUGACUGUGACUGUGACUCUGGGCUGUUUUCAGAUGAGUUUCAUGUGUGGAAAGAUAAUUCAGCUGCAGGGAGCAAAGAGUGUUAUUAGUGGGGGUUGUAUCAUUGGAACUAAUGAAAUCAGUGACGUGAUUUAAAUUAAACAAGACAUAUAAACACACACAUGCCCUGUGGAGGACAGUCAGUAGGUGUUUCAGCACACACCAUUUUAAGCACUGCUUAUUGUAAAAAGAUAAUCAAUAAUUAGAUUUAGUUCCUUCUUUUAAACCACUGUAAAUAUUGCACAUAGUUGAUUUAAAGCAGCUUAUGACAAAUGAAAUCCCUGGAUCAAUAAAUCGCUAUCCCAUUUUA